AUGUUUGUCAUGGGCGUGAACCACGAGAAGUAUGACAACCACCUCAAGAUCGUGAGCAACGCCUCCUGCACCACCAACUGCUUGGCCCCCCUGGCCAAGGUCAUCCAUGACCACUUCGGCAUCGUGGAGGGACUCAUGACGACGGUCCAUGCCAUCACUGCCACCCAGAAGACCGUGGAUGGCCCCUCUGGGAAGCUGUGGCGUGAUGGCCGAGGGGCCGCCCAGAACAUCAUCCCCGCUUCUACUGGCGCUGCCAAGGCUGUGGGCAAGGUCAUCCCUGAGCUGAACGGGAAGCUCACUGGCAUGGCUUUCCGCGUGCCCACCCCCAACGUGUCCGUUGUGGAUCUGACCUGCCGCCUGGAGAAACCUGCCAAAUACGAGGACAUCAAGAAGGUGGUGAAGCAGGCGGCGGACGGCCCCCUCAAGGGCAUCCUGGGCUAUACUGAGGACCAGGUUGUCUCCUGUGACUUCAACAGUGACACCCACUCUUCUACCUUCGAUGCUGGGGCUGGCAUCGCCCUCAACGACCACUUUGUCAAGCUCAUUUCCUGGUACGACAAUGAAUUCGGCUACAGCAACAGGGUGGUGGACCUCAUGGUCCACAUGGCCUCCAAGGAGUAAGAGUCCCUGGACCGCCAGCCCCAGCAGGAGCACGAGAGGAAGAGAGAGGUCCUCUGCUGCUGGGGAGUCCUUGCCCCAACUCCGUCCUCCAACACGCUUGAGAAUCUCCCAACCUCCACACGGUUUCCAUCCCAGACGCCCCCGAGGAAGGGGAAGAGGAGGGAGGGGCUUAGGGAGCCCUACCUUUCUCAUGUACCAUCAAUAAAGUACACUGUACCCAGAAAAAAAAAAAAAA